AUGAAAGCACCGCUUUCUAGUAGCUUAAAGUCAUAAUAUAGCAUGGGAAUCCAGCAAAGACGAAACACGACUGAUGAGCAAAAGCCAUUCCAUGACAGUUAAAAUCUGCAAAUGUCUUAAAAUUCCUUGGGUUCUGGAAGAGGAAUGAACCCAAACACAUAGAUAUACUAGCAAAAUCAGCAAAAUGAUUUCAGAAAUUUUUCAAGAAGCUAAGAUCUUGGAAUGAAUUAAACUUUCGACAAUAAAUCACACAAUUAGUCUUAAAAUCAAGCCUUGUAUGGUGAUAGAGAAAAAAAUCAUUAAUCUAGAUACAAUAUCAAUAAUAAUCAAAAUUAGAAUGGGCAAACUUCAUUUUCAUAUUUCAAUCCAUAAAGAUCAUCCUCUAUGUCUAAGGAAUAUCAACCACCAAGUCAAGUAUAGAGAUCGUAGCCGGACAAGGAUAUAUCUAAAUAAAACUAAAAUAGAGAUGCUGGGCUAUCAGUCUCUUAAUUUAAUAAGUAUCAGGCAGAUUACUCAGUUGCGGCAAAUAAAUCUCCUUAAAUUUCUCUGGCCAUUGAAAGACAUGCCAACGUGGAGGAUAGAACCCGCAACAAGAUGUAAAACUUAUAGCAUGCAAUAAUAAAAUAGCAGCAGCUAAACUAGGGAAUAAAGCUUAAGAUUCUGCCUAAAGCAAAUCCAAUAGCCAACAGUAAUAAUACUAUGCAGGCCUAAUCAUGGAGAUAGAAUAAAUCUUACAGCAUUCCUACAAAGUACCAGAACUUUACUUAAGCCAGUAAUAAUCAGUUUUAAGAUCAAAAUUCUAUUUCGACUCAACACAACAGUCAUAAAAGUCCUUAGACAAUUUAAACUCUGAAAUCAAUGUAGAUUUAUCCAAAAAAAGAGGGUAACUUAACUAAUUCCACUGGAAGAUCAAAUUAUGAAAAUACUACCUCAAUUUAAAACCCUAAUAGUGUAAGAAAUGAUAAUACUAGUAGAUCUAAUACAAAUGCAUUAUUUGGAGCUGGUUUCAGUAACAACAAUACACCAGUAUAAUAUAUUUAAUCUCAUGAUUUCUACAACCCAAGGGCCGAGAGUAGUGACAAGUAGCAAUUUUAGUCUAUUGCUAAGAGUGACAUGCUUGAGGAGCAUAUGACAAGUGAAAUGGCUCCAAGUGAGGUAGGCAGUUUAAAUGUUGAACUGGAGUAAAUUGUAGUAAAUCUCCACAAUAAAAUGAAAAACUUGGAGAAUAAGUACAUAGACCUGGCAAACCACUAUAAGAAAGAGUUGGUGCACUAAAAGUAAGACAAAUCUCAGAUAAAUUACACGGAUAGACUUAAUAAUCGUAUUGUCUAGGCUAACGACAACUAAAGGGAAAGGAAGAGUGUUUCCCCGUUCAGGACAGAUAAUUUAGGUGAUUUGAAUAACGCUAAUCAAUUAAUAGCAGAGAGAGUUAUUAUAAAUGAAUUACUCCAAGAUAAAUAAGAUCUUGAAUAGGAAUUAUAAAAUAUGCUCUAAAUUUAAAAUCAGCUAUAAUCCCAGGAAUCUCAACUACGAAAUAAACUCAAUAACUAGGAUAGAGAAAUUUAAGAGCUUAGGAGUUUAAGUGAGUAGACUAGAGGCAAAGAUUAAUAAGAGCAGGUUAAUUACCUAUAAAAAAAUAUCUCUUAAGUUCUGAAUCAACUUGAACAAGACAUAAUAAAAUACUACAACUCAAGUUUCUAAUCUUUCACUGAUAGUGAGAUCAUAGGUAUCUUUGAAAAAUAUAAAAGAUAAAUUAAUAAUAUCAUAAAAAAGAUUCUAGGCAGUAAACAUAGCUAGUCUAAUGAUACUAUCUCUCUCUAAAAUUUGAAUGAUUCCAAGAAGUAAAUUCAUGAUCAAUAUAUGAAGGAGAUAUCGGAGUUCGAGAUCAAUAAUGAAUACUCUCAAUAGAAUUUCAAGAAGUAUCUCUUUGAAUUGAAGAAUAAGCACGAUACAACAAAGCUUGAUGUCAAAAAGAUCAUGAUGCUCGUCAAUAACUUGAACUAUACAACUUAAGAAAACAGAAUGCUUGGCUAAUUAUCUGAUAAGAGUGUGAAUUCUGAUAGAAAAGAUACUUCCAAAAUUUCAUCAAUUGACAAGACAUUUAACAAUGAAGUUAAAAGCAUGAGCUCGACCUAAAAUGAUUUCGGCAAUAAAUAAAACGAGGGUAGUAUUGUGGCUUAGGUAGCUACCUUGAAGUAGUAUCUGGGAGGCCUCACAGAUAAAAUGAAGGAUGUAGAUAGAGUUAUGGUAGAGCUCUAGGAAAUAGACUAGGAAAGAGACAGCUUUCUCAAGAUUUUUAAGUAAAACUGUGAAAGAAUCGCUGAUAGUAAUCAUAACUUUGCCUCUUCGAAUUUGUCAUCAUAAAGAUCUUUGAAGAAAGGGAAUAAUAGAUCAAACAUUGAGGAUGAUAGCUCUAGAAUAAUGCAUUAAAUUCAGAACAUCAAUAAAGACUUAUAGAAUCAACUUGACAUAAAAUCAUUAGAAAUACAGAGACUAGAAAAUGAUAGCUAGCUAUUGAUUGAGCAACUGGAAAAAGUAAAGUAAAGAGAGUAAUCUAAUUUUAUAAAGUAAUAAAGAGGCUCUGAAGAUGUAGGAAAUUCAAAAAAUAGAAGCAAAUUGCUAAAUAUCUAAGAAGGUGACUCAUUACUAUAGUUUUAUCCAUAGAGACAAAUAGAUCUGGAAAAUCAACUUAACUAAUUGGAAUUUGAGAAUAAAAACUUAGUUAAUUAGAUAAAGAUGCUAAAUAGAUCUCUAGACGAAAAGAAUAAUGAAAUCGAGAAACUUGGAAUAGAGUUGAACCAGAUGAGUGAUAAUUAUCUUUAGUAAUAGCAUGAGAAUCAGUUAAACAAUAAUGAUCAAGCAUAUUAAUAGGUAAUUGAAUAGCAAAGUGAAAAAAUGCGUUAGUUAGUCAAACAAACUCACAGAUUCCUAGGCUCAAUGAAAAAAUUAUAGAAGGCUGUUCAUAAGAAAUAGUCGAAUGUAUCAAACGAGAAGAAUGAAUUUGAAUCUAACAGAAAGGACCUAGAGCAUUUGCUUAAAAUUCUAAAGCGAGAGCUUGAGCAGGAUACUGUCAACAUUGGGGCCACAGAUGAAUCCCCAAUAAGAGUAUAGAGGUAUGAUCCAUUCAAAGCUAGAGAUGAAAUAAAUAUGACUGCAAAUAUAUUUAAUAAUAGAGCUAGUUCACUAGGAGACAGAAUAAGUAAUGAUAGCAAUCCUCAUAUUCAGCUUAAAAUCAAUAAAUAUCAAAAUAAAGUGCCACAUGGUAUUUCCUAGAGAGAGCAAGCAGCUGAAAUGAAAAACUAAGCAAAUCAAAGAUCUCUAAAUGGUCCAAGGACUAUAAAUAACGUUAAUCACUCCAUAGGUGGAGUAUCAUAGAUAUUCUAGGAAGGCACUACUGGUCAUAUUUCUGCGAUAUAAUCUGCUGAAAGAAGUCCUAUUCCAAUUAGACUAAGAAAUUAGCAGGAAAUACAUGGUAGAAUUGUAAGAGUACAAAACAUCGAUGUUCACAGAUCAAUCGAUCCUCCAAAUAAAGGUUUAGGGAAUAUAUUUAAUUCAAUUGAUAAAGAGUAACUUUAAUUAUCAAGAUCACCAAGAUUACAGAAUUAAAACUAUCCAACAUUCAAUGACUAAGUUUAAAGACUAAAUAAUGAAUAGAGAAUAAAUGAACUUUAGCUGAAAGUGUAGGAAUAUAGUCAGGAGAGGAAUUCUUUGUUGAAGUAAAUUGAAACAAUUGAAUAAGAAAAAGAGCUAAUCCAGCAUGAUAAGAUAUAGAUAGAGGAGUAAUUAGAGUAGGAAGUCUAAAAUACAGAGACUCUACAAAAUUAACUGCAGCAAUUAUAGCUUGAAAUUUAAUUGCUUAGAGAAAAAUUAGGUAAGUAAAGCUAAGCCUCUACUCCUAAAAAUGAAUUCAGCAAGUUAGAUUAUAAUAAUCUUCAGGUCCAAAAUGAGUCAUUACAAUAGAGGAAUUAACAACUUUAAGAUUAAAUGGCAAUAGUAGAAAAGAUAAACAUGGAAUAUAAAAAGACUAUUGGAUUUUUAGAGGAAAGUGCUGAAUCAACCAAGCGAAAUCUGAAUGAGCUUCAAGAUCUACUGAAUAAUAAAGAUGAGGAUAUAUAGAAUUUAUAAGAUAAACUUAAAUAUUAAGACACUUAAGCUAGUGAUAUCAAGAAGCAGCUAAUUAAAUAAAUCAAUGGAAUCGACUAGGAAAUUAAAAGCAAGGCUAAGAUUAUUUAAGACAGCAUUUAAGAUAAAUAGGCCAUUCUGGAAUAGCUAGAGCAAAAACUGACAUAAAUUUAAGAUGUCAAUGCAAAGAAAGCUAGCAAGAAUGAAUUAUAAAAACUGCAACUCCGAAUAGAAGGUAUAAUAUCUUUACUUUAAUCUCCAUUGAAUGAUUAACUCUUUUUAGAUCUAGAAAAGUAAGUCGCAAAUGCUCAAAAGUAAGUUAAAUAGCUAUAAGUGGAAAAUGAAGAAUUAAAGGAAUAACUCAAAGACCUUGAUUAAAUAGAGGAACUUUAGCAGUAAUUAGAAAAAGCUAAUGAAACACACAGAGAUAAUAUAGAUCGUCUGAAGCAAAAUAACACAUAAAUGGUGACUAAGUUAAAACAGAGCCAGGAAAAAUAGCUAAAGAAACUAGAAGAUGAAUAUGAAUCAAAAAUAUCUGGGUAGAAUCAAUAACAUAAUGAGACAUUGAAUCUUAAAAUCUAGACUUUGUCAGAAGAGAAAGAUAGAGAAAUCAGAGAUAGAUUAAGAGAGCAAUAUUCUAAAAGCAUAAAUGAAAUACAUGCAAAACUUAGCGAACUUAAUGAGAAGCAUCAGUUAAAGGUUAAAUAGCUGACUUAAGAUUUUGAAGAAUAAUUAGAGCAAGAGAGAUAAAAUAUUUUGAAUUCUUAAAGUUAAGAUAUUCAAGAAUCUUUGAAGUAGGCUAAGGAAUAGGAAGCCUAGAAACUUCAAAAAGAGAAAUAAGGUUAUGAGACUUAACUUAGGAAAUUAAAAGACUAGCAUAAUUAAGCAAUGAUUGCAAAAGAAGAGGCUAUCGAAAAUAUAAGAUUGGAGCACCAAGAUGAAAUUGACAAUUUACAGAGUGAUCACUAGCUGGAAAUAGAUAACUUGAACCAGAAAAUAUAAAGUCUUGAAAAGAAUAUUGAAAACCUUAAGAAAGAAUUGUUAAAAUUAUAAUAAGAAAAGGAAUUAUAGGUUUAGUAGGUUUCUACUGAGUAUGAGUCACAUAUUGAAUAACUCUAGCAAGACUUGCAGCAAUAAAUAGACGAUCUUAAUGUUCAGCUAUAUCAGUCUUAGUAAGAUAAGGAAUCUGAAUUGGACCAAGUAAAACAAGAUUUACAAAAAUAAAUGCAGACAGUAAAUAGGCAAAAGGACUAAUUCAAUCAGCAAAUAGCUUAAAAAGAUGAUUAGAUUUCCAAGUUAGAGUUUUAAGUAUAAGAGUAAGAUGAAACUAUCAGAUAGCUACAAGACGAUGGAAGUUAAGUUACAUAACAACUCCAGUCCAAGAAUGAGUAACUUAAACAAACCUUAAAAUAAAAAGACUAAAAUAUCAAUGAGCUAAAAUAAAAGAACAUCCAGUUAAGCAAAAGUCUUUAGGAUCUAUAAGAUGAGAAUCAGUCAAAGGAUCAGCAGAUUUAAGAUCUAAAUGAUCAAGUUUUAAGCAUUGAGUCACAAUAUGAAGCACUUAAAAAAGAGCAAAGUUAGAGUGAGAGUAAUUUGAGUUAAUAGCUGAAAUAGCUAAAAGUUCAAAAGGAUUAAAUGUAAAAAGAAUACAGGGAAAAGGAAGAUUAACUUGAAUAGCUUAAUGAUGAGCUGGAGAGUCUUAGAUAAGAGUAGCUUCAAUUUGAAAACUAAAUGAAUUAAAAAGAUUAAAUUAUCACGGAGAAGGAAUAAAGCUUAAAGUCAAAAGACUAAAAAAUCAGAGAGCAUGAAAAUGAAAGCAAAAUGGCUGCAACAAUUAAAGCAUCAAUUUAAUAAAAAUUAGAGGAAAUUCAAAAUCAAUUAAGGGAGAAAGAGUAGGAAUCUGAUAAUUAAUAUAGUGAGUAUGAUAAGUAAUUAAGAUAGAAAGAUCAAUAAGCUCUAAAAUAGGAUCAGUAGAUUGAUAAAUUAAAUAAGCAGCUCGAAUAGUUAUAGAAAAAGUUAUCUGCUUCAGAAUAGUAAAUAAAACAACUAACCGAAUAAAGUCACAAAGACUAGCAGACAAAAGAGCAAGAACUAACACAGAAGAUGCUAGAUCUCUAGAAUGAACUAAUGUAAAAAGAACAAGAGUAAUAAAACCAGCAGGAAUUACUUGACUAGUUUGAGCAAUAAUGCAAUGACUACCAAAAAGCAAAUGAUCAAUACAAGGCUAAGAACGAUAAGUUAGAGGAAGAGGUAGCUUAGUUGAAGAAUGAUGGCCAGGAAAUGGAAGACUAUAUUAAAAAUCAUAGCAAGACUUUAGAGAACAAUAGGAAUAUGAUUUAAAUGUUAAAGACAGAGCUGUAAAAAUCUGUGGAUAAGUCUAAAUAGCUUUAAUCAGAGCAAGAAUCCUCACUAUCUGCGAGAGAUUCUAUAGAGUAGGAUCUGAAUAACUAGAUAAAGGUACUAAAAGAGUAAAUCUAAAAGUUAAAAUAAGAAUUCAACGACAAGAUUAGCUCAUAGCAAGAAAAGUUAUCAUCAAUGGAAGAGGACUUAAGCAUGAAGAACUAGCUAGUUGAUGAUGCAAAUAAAUUGUUGGAAUAAAUACUCUUGGAGAAAGUAAAUCUGAAGCAAAGACUCAUGAAUAUGAUGUCUUUGUUAGAUAAAGAAUGCUAGACAUAAAAAGUUUAGAAUGACGACGAUAUUGAGCCAGAUUAAUGUUUAGAUUUGCUUGAAUCAGCUCUGAUCAAGCAACUAGCUCAAAAUAAGAAUACAAUAGAGGUGAAAGAAAAAGACAACACCAAUCUUUAAGAGUAGCUCACGUAAAACUAGCAAGAACUAGCUUAGAUUCAAGCAAAGACCCAAGAUCUUCAUAAUCAACUAGCCUCAGCUCUCUCAAAACAAGACCAGAAUGACUCGGAUAUCAGAAAGUAACUUGAGAUUGCUUAGAGGAAGCUUUAAAACUAUAAGGAGAAAGUUAUACAAAAGUAAAAGAUCAUAAAUAACUUGGAGUAGGAGAAAAGAGAACUUUAACAAAGUAGAAUGAGUGCUUUCAAUGGAGGCACCUAAAACAACUCCUUGAGAGAAAUUGAACUGCUACAGAGAUUGUAAAAAGCUGAAAAUGAAUUGCAAGGCUAUAGAUUAGGUGGAUACAAGAUGUAGGAUGGCAAUAAGAAGUAAACUCCUAAUGACAGUAGGGUAGAUCAGUCAAUUGAAAUCGAUGCUAAAAGAAUUAACUAGAUUGAAGAACAUCUUUCAGUGUUAAGAGCCUAGCUGUUUUAGACUAAAGAGUCCAUUCUUUAACAAUUGAAGGAUACUUACUCCAAUAAAAUCAAAGACCUAACUAGAACUUAUCAAAAUGAGAAACUCAUGAAAGCCAAGCUAGCUUCACUUAAAGAAGACAAAGAAAUUCAGUCCUUGAAUAAGCAAUACAAACUUGUUAAAGUUAUCAGUAUUGGUGAAAGAAAGAUUUUAGUAGUUUAGAAAAUAAACACCAAUGAGUACUCAAUAUUAGAAUAGGACAAGCUUUCAGAUACUGCUUUGGAUUACUUAAAGUCUUUUAUUCCCUAAAACAUAUAGGAGACUGAUGAAACGAUGAUUAACAUUGAUUAGAAUUAGCAAAGGAUUCUUGACCAAUUAGAUGAGAAGCUAAUUGAGAUUCGUGAGGAGAGAUAGGAGUUGCUCCAAGAGUUAAUGAUUUACAAGAACAAACUUGUCAAUGGCAAGGGAUUCGAAGAUGUAGACCUGGAAAUGAUUGAAAGAGAAGAUGACAUUGAACAUCUUAAUGAUAAAAAUCAGCAAUUGAAACUAAAGCUAAAGGAUGUUAAUGAAGAUAAUACUGUCAUGAAAAUGCGAAUAAUCGAGCUAAAUGAGAUUAUUAAAAAUUUGACCUCUUCAAGUAAUGGAGGCUAGAAUCAGCAGAGCGACAAGAUGCUUCAGAUACUAGAUGAAAAUGAGAAUCUAAGAUAUCAAAUUCAAUAGCUAGAGUAGCAUAUUGAGGAGAUGUAAAAGCAGCAAUAGGAAUAACCAUAAUUGAGACCAAGUAACGCAAUCACUGAAAGAGAACCUGAUUUUGAAGACGGUUCAUUCUUACAAGGAGUAUAAGUAGCUCAAAAUGUCAAUAAUUCAAGAGCUAUGGAUAGAAAUAUUAAUGGGUAAAAUCAUAUGAUGAAUGAUAUGGACAACAACUUAUUCGACUAAUCUUCCUUAAUUGGAAUAAUGCAAGGCAUAGAUGGUGGUAGAGGAGCUAAUACUGAGAAUCAAAGAAGAGAAAAUGAACAGCAGAAUCAAUUAAAUGAACUUAAAAUCUUAAAGCUCGAAUAAGCCAAUUAGGAACUGGAAUAAGAAAUCAAACGACUAUAUGAGAAACUAGAUUAAAAGGAUUAAAAUGGCAGCAAAGAUGAAUAGAGCAUAAUAGAUCAUGUCAAGGUCACUUUGGUGACAUAUCUCAAGAACUGUCCACUAACAGAUAAGAAUAAUGAGUCCCUGCUUGAUGUGAUAAUGUCAGUUUUGGGCUUGACCAAGGAAGCUUAAAUUGAUCUGUAAGAUCAUAGGAGAAGAACGAGAUCAUCUAGUGUGAGUGCAAUAAAUGAAACUGAGGACGAUCUUAAGAACAGGGCGAAAAAAGGUAUCUUCAACAUGUUUAAAAAGAAAGACUCAAACACAAAAGAAACUAGUAUAACUAGAAGGCCUUAAGAUUCUAAUGUCAGCCCAAUCAGACCUAUUCAAAGGAAGUGA